GAUACCAUUAGAAGUUUCACCGUACCUCACCAUGCAAGACCGCAAGGAGCACAUCAACAUCAUCUCCCCGGAGGAGGGCAAGCGCUACCGGCUCAACGUACGCACCGCCGUCGGCCGCCUCACCAUUGGGAAGGUGAAGCAGUGCCUCGCUGCGGCCAGCUCGUGCCCUAUUCCACUAGACGACAUGGUCUUGCAUUUGAACGGGGUCCCGCUGAGCAACGACGGGGACCUCUGCGAGAGCCUUGGCAUCGGCAACGGCGCAACGCUCGCCGUCGACGCGCGCGCACCACCGCCGCUCAGAAAAAGUCGAAAUGCGGCGAAGACGUUAGAAAACGGCAGUCGCAGUUCUCGCGCACGCAGCCCAGGCGACGCGCCACCCUCAUCGUCGUCCGUCACCUCUCCCUCCCCUUUUCCCUUCCCCAUGUCCGAGCAGCGUCGACUCCUGGAGCUGCAAACACUCGAGCAGCAGGAUGCGAUGCUGCACAAGGACGGGGCGGUGCGCGAUGGCGUCCUGAAGAACACGCUGCACCACGUUGACGACGAGCUCGACCAGGCGGGCCUGCGUCGUCGCCAGCUGGAGCGGCAACGCGAGGACGCAGACGAGGAGCUGCACCGGAUGCGGGAGAAGGAGGCGGCAGCGGCGCGGGAGCGGGAGCGCCUGGCUACGCUGCGGGCCCAGGAAGCCGCACGUGCGGCGGAGCGCGCCGCUCAACUCGCAGAACGGCGGGAGCAGCUGCGGGCUGAGCAGGAGGCCACGCGUGCCGUCGCCCUGCUAAAACUGGAGAAUGAAAAGAAGAAGGCCACGCUGGCGCAGCAAAAGGCACUGCUGGAGGCGGAGAAGGAGCGGGCGUUGCUGGAGCAAGACACCUUCGAGGCCGCGGCGAAGGCGCGCGCGUUGGAGCUGCGCGGACGCGAGAUUGACGUGGAACACCAGCGGCUCGCCCGCAUACGCGAGGCCCGCGCCCUCGAGGCGGACCGCCGGCUCGCUGUGCAGCAGCGCCUGCGCUACUACGACUGCAUGGGCGUCGAGCCGCCUCGUGCGCUGCAGCGGGAGGCAGCGGCGCUGCUCACGCACCGCGAUUCUGACGACGAUGAUGGCGACGCAGGCGCAGACGGUGAAGGAAACGAAUUAAUCGAGAAGGGCGUGCCGCGAGACCGAAGCGGACGCAGCGGUCUGGUACAAAGCCGGGGGCCCUCCACGCCCCCACAUCGCAACGGGCGGCAUCCGCAGCCGCGGAAGAGUCCUUCUUCGACGCAGUCAGCCAACUCCAACUCCCCCUCUGCCCCACGCGUGGCGGACGCAACGGCGGCCCUGACGGUGCCGGAAGGCGGCUUCUACGACGCGCGUGAAAACGCGGAAGCCAACCUGCGUCGCCUGGGCGACGACCUCGGCCUCUCUGACGGUCUGCAGUUCGACGACAGCGACACCUGUGUCAUCAGCAUCGACGGUGAGUACACGCUGUUGGUGACCUACGAUGCCGCGACGGAGCGGUUGUACCUCUACUCGACGCUGCUGGCGGCGCUUCCGCCGUCUGUGCAGAACAGCAGUGACGGCCGUUUGCAGCUGUACGAGUUUUUGCUAGAGGCGUCGCUGCUCGGGCGGGAGAUGUGCGGCGGCGGGGUCGGGGCCUCGAUGCGGAACAAUUUUGUGUUGAUGUCCGCCAGUCUGUACAUGCCGACGAGCCAGCCCUGGUCGCUGCGCACCCUGGCGCCACAGUUUCUGCACUGUCUCCAGCACUGGCGAGUGAAGCUGGCCGAAUUUUUAGAAGCGCUGGAGCGAUAUGGCGAUGGUACAGCAGCGACAGCGGCGCUACCUGGCGACGGGCCAGUACCCGGCUCGUACGCGGCUCCUCGAGCGAGCCCAAGCCAGCCCGCCGCGUCGCCCUACAGCGCCGGAGCGGCGUCGCCGCCGUCUUGGUCUUCGCCCUCCCCACAGCCCCCACCACAUGGGCGGCAGCAACCGUCACAAGCAACGCCGGAGCACAACGGAGUCUACCGCGCCAGCCCGAGUCGCAGUCACGCCAGCUCCCUUUCCCCCUCACAGCCACCGCUGCCGUCGUCGUCGAGCGCGGGGAACGGAGCGAAGAUGCUUCCCGUGCUGGGGUUGGAGGUGACCGGCACGGUGCUCGUCAAUGGCAUGCCGACGCACUACGACAACGGCGUGCUCGUCGUGAACGCGGCAGGGCCGUCGGUGCUGGCAGGUAUUCAGCCGAACGACUUCGUGGAGGAGCUGAACGGCGUGCCGGUUCGCAGUGUCAGCGACUUCCGUCGCGUUAUUGCGGAACAGCUGGUGCCGGGGAUGCUGGUGCCAGUGCGCAUUAACCGCGGCGGGGUGACCAUGAUCGUGACGGUGCGUGUGGAGGCGGCGUGGUCGCUAUAG